CGCUAGGGGAGUAAACAGAACAUUUGACGGAACGUAACGGACGACUACGACGAGAUUGAAUUGCGCUUCGAGCUUUGAGAAGAGAGGGGUUUGACGACGAAUAUAGCUGCGAGUUAAGAAUUUGAGAAUAGGGAAUAAGAGAAGGGAAAGGGAUUGCUUUGCCCGCGAAAGCGAGGGAGGAACAUAGAGUAGUGUAUACGGACACCGCGACAUCGCGACGACAAACUCACAGUCGCACAAAAUGGCGAGCGCAAAACAGCAGGAAAACAUGCUGCUGACCGAGCACUUUACAUGGUCUCCCAUCUCCCUCCUCGACGACAUCAUCAACGCCGCCAAUGAAGUCCUCUACAAAUGCACCGACACAUUCGAAUCGGGGCUCCUGUCCGCCGACGCUUCUGUCCUCGGGUUCACGCCCUCCACCUCCCACUCUUCCUCCUCAGACGACCUAGAACAGCGCAAGCGCCUCGAGAUAGAAGAAGGCGUCCUCAAGCUCGAAACGCUGCUCGAAAACGCACUCGACAGGAACCUCGAUCGCCUUGAGAUAUGGACGCUUCGAAACGUGCUGUGUGUCCCGGGCGAGGUGAGGGAGUGGGUGCGGUUGAAGGGGUAUGAGAACAUCACAACGCCCCCCUCAAACAACACAACAACCCCCGAAUCCCUCCACGCCCUCCGCCGCAAACUCCUCGAAACGCAGCGCCUGCACGCCGCGCUCACGGCCGAGAAGACGCGCAACGACGCGCUGAUAUCGCAGCUCCGUUCGCUCCUCACACCCUCCACCUCUACAUCCCUUCCCACAUCCACAUCCACCUCAGAAUCGAUACCGGGCGCACAGUUCGGAUUUUUGACGCACGCGCCCGCCGCGCAAAGCCUAGGCAUAACGACGAACGAAAACGGAACGGAGAAGGAGGCGGAGGUGCUGAGAACGCACACGACGUUCACGGCAUCACACCUCCCACACCUACACGCCCUCCUCACCUCCCUCCGCCCAUACCUCCCCUCCACAUCGUUACCCCUCCCUUCGAGUUCUUCCGAGGGGGCGACGGGGGAUGAGAGGAGGGUGUACAUUGAGAGUCAGAGUAAGCGCGUUUUAGAGCGCAGGGGGGUUGACACUAGGGAUGGGGUUGAGGGUGUUGUUGGCGGC